AUGGGUUUCAAGCGCCGUCGCGAAGCUCACAAUGUCGACGUGAAGCUGGUGGAGCUUUACGAAGACCUCGCCAGUGAGAAAGAUGAGAUCAGACUGAAGGCCGCUCAGGGGCUCGUCUCACAAUUCACACCGGAUAAAGACCCUGCCGACGAACAGAUCAAAAAAGUCUUAUCGAGACUCUUCCGCGGUCUCUGCAGCAGCCGCAAAGCUGCACGUAUCGGUUUCUCAAUUGCCUUGACCGAGAUUCUCACACAGGUCUUCUGUUCACCAAGGGAGACAUCGCGAUUUGGAUUCGCAGAUGCUCUCAAGUUGUGGGAGGCCCAGUCCAAUUCGUCGGGCAGUGAAUCCGGACAGGAACAACGCGACCACCUCUUCGGUCGGCUGUUCGGUGCCGAAGCUGUUAUCAAGUCCUCCGUCCUCUUCCAGUCCACUGUUCCUUUCGAGCACUGGACACAGGUCAUCGAUCUCGUUUUCGAACUCGCCCAGAAGAAGCCAUGGAUUCGCGAAGAAUGUGGUUGGAUCAUUUACCAGUGCGUUUAUGACCUUGCCGCCCGUAAGAUGGACAACAAGUACGUGGAGGCUGCAUUGGAACGUCUCUGCUCGCACGAUCUCGCACGGUCGCCCGAGGGUAUUUCCAUCUGGUUGGCUGCGAAGGACAUGUUCCCUGAAGCGACCUUCCCGAGCAAGGUCUGGAAACACGAUGACCCCCUCGAUACCAAGGAGCGCAGUGGGUUGUCGAAGAUCAUGAAGGAGUCAGGUGCCGGAGCAAGCGAGAGUGAGAACAAGACAAACGCCGCUAAGUCUUCUGGUGUCUGGAAUUCCAAGCUUCACUUCGCUUGGGAUGCCGUUUUGUCGCGGACCAGCGUCGAGUCAAAGGAGAAGUCGAAGAAGUCUCGCUUGAGCUUCGCCGACUUCUGGACCGAGGUCGUAGACAAUGGACUUUUUGCAGCUGCAUCAUCGGACGAGCGAAAGUACUGGGGCUUCCUCCUUUUCUCACGACUUAUCAACGAUGGCGCCGUCCAACAGGCCUCUCACACCUUCACCAAGAACCUCAUGCGCUGUUUGGUCAACCAACUUGCCGUCGAGGACCGCUACCUCCACCGCAUGGCUGUCAAGGCAUCCAAGGCUAUCCAAGCCCGUGUGUCCAGGGAGCCUGAAUUCGCAGCAGUGGCUAUUCGCGGCUUGAUGGGAACUAGCGGCACACUCAACUUCGACCAGGCCACCAAGACAAAAACUGUCGAGAAGAUUGUGGCUGAAGCCAACCACGAGGCUUUGGAAGAGAUUGUUCCCUUCUUCGAGAAGCUUAUUCAGACCCCCGGAACGACAGAUGAGAAGACUUCUGCGACCAACCGUCAGUUCGUCGCUGGACUUCUCCUUUCAAUUGUGCGUUCGAAGGCAUCUGCCACCGAAGGCGAUGCCGAUGACCUCCAGGCGAGCCUCGAGCAGAUUUUGUCUAUCUUCGUGCGUUUCGCGUACUUCAUGGAUACCAGCAAGGGAUCUUCUGCGCCCGAGCCUGCCCUCUCCUCGGCUACACAAGAGAUGCUGCGCAACCGCAUCAACUCUUGCUUGAACAGCCUUAUCUCCAACCAAAAGUUCGCCGCUACCCUGCCCUAUGCGGUGGUCAAGCAGAUCCGCGAUGCAGCUAAGUCCGGCGAGUUCGGAAAGUUCAUCAUCGAAAUCGAUGACAAGCUGCAGGAGUCUGUCAAGGCUGCUUUCAAGUCUCUUAAGAAGCUUUCCGGCAAGGUAAGGAUAUCCCAUUCCCCAAGUUUCCGACCGAAAAUACUUACCGUGACACAGGAAAAGAAAGAGAAGGGCAUGGCCGCAUUCAAGUUGCUUUACUCCCUUACUCUUAUGCAAGUUUACAACGGAGACGCGGACGCAGUUUCAAUGCUCGACGAGUUGGAGUUCUGCACGACUAAAUUCCUGGGCGACAAGGAGACUAAGAAGGAAGACGCUGGCGACGCAUCUGAUGCGCUCGUUGAAAUCUUGCUCAGUUUCGCUUCCAAGCAAUCGCAGCUGUUCCGUCGCAUGAGUGAGCAAGUCUUUGGUGCAUUUGCUACACAGAUUACCGAGAAUGGUUUGGAAUCAUUGAUUUCAAUUCUUGAGGCCAAGGAGAGUCUCGCUGGACAGCAAGAGAUGUUCGACGAGGAUGAUGGUUCGGGUGAGGAGGAGGAUGGCUCUGAUGCCGAGAUGAUGGACGUCGACGAAGACGAACUCGAUAGUGAUGUCGAGGUCGUCGAAGCCGGUGAUGAUAAGUCAGAGUCCGACUCUGACGAUGACGAGGAAGAAGAAGAAGAAGAAGAAGAAGAAGAAGACGACGAUGAAAACGCACAAGAAGUCGCCGCCUUCGAGGCCAAAUUAGCCGAGGCUCUCGGUCAGCAUGGCGCCGAAGGUGAAGGCGAAGACUCUGAUGCAGACAUGAACGAUGACGAAAUGGACGAGCUCGACGACAAAUUAGUGCAAGUGUUCAAGGCCCGCCAACAACAAUCCUCCCAGCGCAAAGACAAGAAAGACGCUCGCGAGAACAUGGUCAACUUCAAGAACCGCGUUCUGGACCUCCUCGAGAUCUUUGUGAAAAAGAGCCACUCCCGCCUUUUGGCUCUGGACCUUCUCCUUCCCCUCCUCCGUCUGUCCCGCCGCUCAAGCGUGAAGCAAGUUGCGACGAAAGCAAACAAUGUUCUCCGCGAGUACACUAAGGUGUGCAAGGGCAACUCAUUGCCCAAGAUCGAGGACGAGGAACAAGCUGAUGCGCUCUGGGAACUCUUGAAGUCUGUUCACAAGGAGGCUAGUCACAGUGGACCUAUGGGACAUGCGAAUGCCUGCAGUCAGGCUAGUUUGCUUGUCACUAAGGUUCUGGUUGCUCAUGAUAAGGAUGCCAUCGCCGGUGUGGUGGAUGUCUAUGCUGCCACUCGCAAAGACCAGCUCAUGAGCACCAAGUGCCAUGUGCAGCCGUCGUUCUUCUCCGAGUGGAACAACUGGUGUGUUUCUGCUAGUAAGCAGUUGAAGUGA